AUGUAUGGUCCAGGUAAAGGCGGCAAAGGGCUGGGUAAGGAAGCCACCAAGCCUGACCGUAAGGUCUUACUGGAAAACAUCCAGGGCAUUAGGUAGCCUGCCAUUCGCCAUCUAGCCCGCCGAGGUGCUGUCAAGCGCAUCUCUGGGCUCAUCUAUGAGAAGGAGUCUCCGGGAGUGCUCAAAGUGUUGGAGAAUGUGAUCCACGAUGCGGUGACCUACACGGAGCAUGCUAAGCGCAAGCGGGUCAUGGCCAUGGAUGUGGUGUAUCCUCUGAAAUGCCACGGCUGGAGCCCGUAUGGCUUCGUCGGCUGA